AUGGCUUCCGCGGCCGGUUCGUGUGCGAGCCUUCCGCUCGAGCAGCUCGCUCUUUACCACGCAGUCGACCCGGUCCUCUCCUCGAUAUUUGUCUUCCACGGAUCUGCAACCACGGCCAACUCAACCCUCAACAGCUCGCGCAUCCAGGCCCAUAUUUUCGCACCAGACGGGUUACAGAGCUAUCCACGCAUCACCGUAUCGCCAGCUGCACCCCUAUAUGCCGCCGUAAACUACCUACCGCGCGAGAGGCAGGGUGAUGAAGUAUACCGGGGACUAGCCGUCUGUUUGUUUAAAUAUUUUUCAGAAAUCCCAGAUUCAGUGAAGAGCGAGCUGGUUGCGAUCGCCCGUUCGGGCAGACCGAGCUCUAAACCACUGCAGUUCUUUGAUGAGUUGCAUGCAGCGGAUCUCGCAGAUAAGAUGGAAAAAGUGGAGAAUCCGGCAGCCGUAGUUCGUGAUCUGAAAGAUGCGUUUGCGGAUAGGGUGGUUCCAUGGAUUGACAUCGAUCUAGUAGUCCCUGCCGGCUCGAUCACUGCUCCAAUGUCUCCAGGGGAAUCGACACGGCAAUCUCUACUAGGAUAUAACGAAUCCAGCAUCGGAUCUCCCGUCCAGGAGAAGUUCGCUGAUCGGUUUGGUAAACUUACGCCUCUCGUAGAUGCAUUGGGUGAACCUAUAUUUUUGCCUACAUCAAAGUUGCGCCGAGCUCCGUCGAAACCUACUAAUCUGAGCAAAUCUAAAUUGUUUUCCGGUUCUCAAAAGGAAGCUCUUCGACUCUCCAUGUGCGAGGUGGUUGACACGGAAGAGAGAUAUGUUCAUAAAAUGUAUGACCUCGUCCAUAAUGUCGCGCAUGAGUUUUGCCAAAAGGCAAGGGCGAAACUACCAUCAAGCACGAGCCCGGAUGAAUCAACGUUGGCCAAGCUGUUUCCGCCUUGUCUAAAUGAAAUCCUUGAGGUAAAUAUGGGAUUUUUAGAUGCCAUACGCCUUGUCCUUGAAGAAACAGAGAAAAAUGCUCUAGAAGAUCUAUCCCAAGAUACCAUGCUUGAGCCGUCAGUCUUCCCUCGUGAUCCUACCACCGGCCGACGUACAGACCCUUUAGGUGCGAUUGCUUUUGCCCAGUGCUUGACUGAUUGGUUUCCACGUUUUUCCAAGCCGUAUGGACAAUAUAUGCAUGCCCAUACGGGAUUCUACUCUCUUCUCAAUUCUUUUCUGGGCGAUCAGAAUUCCUCUUUUUCUAAACGAGUCUACGAGACGGGGGAACAACGAAUGCGUUCGUUGCUCAUGGAACCCAUUCAACGUCUUCCACGGUACAGCCUUUUAAUUGAUACUAUGACAGGAUCUCUUCCAUCCAUUCACCCUGCAGUGAAGGCACUGCUUAAGGCGCGUGAUAUUAUCACAGAAAUAUGUUCAUUAGAUUCAUAUUCAGAAUCUGAUCACUCUCAGACUCUAAUACACUUGCGGAAGAUCGUCCAAGAGUGGCCAAUGUCUGUCGCGCCGACUGGCCGUUUAAUCACCGCUGCAGAUGUGUAUAGCCUCCUACCACCUUUCCGGUCUGGUCCGUCAGGGUCAAGAGGCCAACCAGGCAUACUGUUACUUUUUGCUGAUUGCUUAGUCUUUCUAUCUAAACACCCAGAGAGCAAAUGGACAGCCCGUGGAUUAUGCGCCGAUCUUGAUAAAGCCAGGGUUGAUACGGAUGUGGACGGGGUGGAAACCGCGGCCACGUUAGAGCUUACAUUUGGCCAACAUAUGCCGACCACCAGCAUUCGUUGCUCACAGUCUAAGUGCGGACGCAUCCUAUUUCUUACUCCAGCCGAGAAAUUUAUCCAACAUGAACAUUCACGCUCAAAAAAUAUUCUUCUUUCCCUUGAACUUGCAUCAACCUACGAAGCCAAAGCAACAAAAUUAAUUGAAGAAAUAACCAAGGCUAGAAUCGAAGGUCGAUUCCCAGAGCAUUAUAGGGAGCAAGGAAAGUGGUCGCUCCAUAAUGCAAGAGGAGCUUUUGGCAAUUUGGGAGCGCUCAUUUGUGUUUUUGAACACGACGACACUGAACCUGAUAUACCCAAGUUUCCAUCUAGUGUGAAAUUGAUUGUCGACGCGACAAAGGAAACUAUGACGGAGCAGCUAAAUUCAGGCCAGAUAGAAGUCGUUGCAUCGAUUUUCCCAAUGCUAGGAGACUCCAGGUAUAAGAUGGAUUUAGAUUCCGUCAUUGGUGCUCCAUCUAGUGAUACCUUUUCCGCGAAAGACUUUAUAACAACGUUGUCCAAACGAAUUACGGCUUUACUGCACCCCCUCUCUCAGCCUCAAAACCCUCUACUUACUGAAUCAGUUCUCCAAAACAAUCUUAAUAUCUUGCGUAUUGUUGCUCAACACAUCUUGGGGGUUUCAAAAGGGUCUAAGGCCUUCCGGCCGCCAUCCCCAACAAAGUUGUUGUCCACACUUUGGGGUGCUGGACAACCUAAAGGUCUCGGCCAUUCGCCUUCUAAAUCACUUCCAUCGCUCCCAGUAUUAUCACACACUGUCCCGACUCUACAACCUCAAUCAUCAAAUAUUAACCUAGAUGAUGAUGUCCCACAUAAAACCCCUCAUGGAGGGAUUAGUAUUCCUGAUGGCACCUCAAGCCCAUUCGAGCAGCUGGAAAACACAUUUACUGCUUAUACCCUUGCAAUUCGUUCGAGAAGUGGAAACAUUGUCGGUCGAGUACUAAGAUCCCGGGACCGAGUUGAUGCGGCAGCGGUCAAUGAGCUUUACAACAUCCUUUUAGAAGAUCCCAGUCAACUUCAAGCCGCAGCGGAAUCCCCAGUUGACAUGCUAAUCGUUGCUUUUGAAACCUUCCUUGACAAAGCGUGGAAGGAAAAGUUUGGCCCCAUAAUAUCCCAAACUUCUUUAUUGAUUUUACUAGCUAAAUUUGACGCUUUAUUCCCUGGAGAUUUUGAAGAUUAUUUCCAUGGCUUCCUGUCUGAGAUGAGCCCACAGACUCGCCGUGCGCUUACGGCAUUGAUACAGUUGCUUGCACAAUUGCUAAACGAUUCUGGAAAUGAUGGUGAUAGGGGUGCGUUAACGGAUGUAUUCUCCGAAAUCCUUACCGAGGAAGGUGAUGCAAGGAAAACCAUACCCCUUCUUGAUAGGCUAGUGGAAGAUUUUGAACGCUUAUUUGAUGAAUCCGAGCCAGCAGCACCUGAUGGACAUCUUGCCCAUGAAGUGAGCCGAGGAAUGCUCACGUCAGGGUCGAUAGGCUCGAAUGCAUCGUCAUUCCGAAAGCGAUUUGGAUUUGGUUUGAGUCGGGAAAACAGUAUCAAAGAUGGAGAGGGCAAAGUCAGCUCUAUAAUUCGGUCUUUGAGUAAAUCAAAAGGCAACCCGGAGGCUGACCUUUCGCUCUCCAAAAACUCACUCAUGCGGUCAAAGUCUACAGAUACAGACAGUCGCCUACACAGUCUCCUAAGACCUCGAUCGCGGGAUCGACCCCCCAUGCAGACAAUAUUCGCCCAGGAUGAAGAAAUCAGUCGCCCAGCCAGUUCAAAUAGCAAUACACACACUUCUCUCGCAUCUAUUGUCGAAAAUCCCGUUGUGGGGAGAAGGAUUGCUCCCAGAAAAAAGAGAAGGAGUUCACUAUCCGAUCUGAAGGAGCUUUCAUCUGCUGAUAUAGCACCUCUUUUUGCUAACAGGGAAUUCAAAAAGUCUCCAAGCAUUCUCGCCACUCCAACUACACAAAUCCCUGAACCAGCAACACCCCCAGCCAAACCAUUGGGUCUGCCAAAUCAUAGUGCGCAACACACCCCGAUUCAAAAUACACCUCCAACCCGAAUAGCAUCCCCGGUGCGUCAAAUAACUGCAAACUUGAAAGAAAAUGCCCCUCCUCCCUCUCCUAGGACGACACUAGCAGACCGGACGAAUAGAAGACCGCAUGCCUCAACGAUCUCUAUGCCACUUCGGAGGAGAGCGGACAGUACGCGAGCUGGUACCCCGUCAAAGAUUGCAGGUCCUCGAGAAAAACCACCCCGGCCGAGCAGCAGUGAUGGUUAUGGACGUAGGCUUCAAACUCAGCAAUCAACUACGCCUCCUAAGACACAAAAAUUACGAAUGCAAACCCCACAAAAGCUACGCGAGCGUGUUUUAAAUGAACGAAAGGCCAUGGCCUCUGCCGAGGCCUCUUUGCAAGCCGAGCUCGCAUCAGUUACCGAAGAGCUAACUUCCACUUCCCCAUCUAGAAGGCGUCCAUUAUCCUCUGCUGGUUCUCAGUCAAGGCCCAUUUCUUCGCCUCCUACCGCUUCUUCGUCCAAUGCCCUUCUUCAAAGAGUUCGUACCCUUGAAAACAAACUCUCUGCAAUGACGUCAAAUCUUGGGGCUAGGGCGACAACUCUUGAAAACGACCUGGAGAACUCCCUUCUUGUCUCUGAGAAACGCGCUCGUAAACUUGACGAACUCUACCGUGAAGCUGGAAAGGAAAAUGAAGCUUUAUAUGAACGAUUCAACAAUGAAUUAAGCAAAAUGGCCCGGGAAAUUCGACUUGGUGCGGGCGAGGAGGCGCUUAAGAACCAACUAAAGGAUGCACUUGAUGAGGUUGCCCGGGUGAAGAAGGAGAACAUGAGACUCAAAAGGGAAAUCAGCGGUUUGAGAGCGCAGCAAAUAGGCGAGCCUUCGGGUUGA